GGAGCCUCGUCCUACGUGCCACCACACGCUAGAAGACGUCCACAAGAGCAGGGACAAGGCCAGUCGCAACCACGUUUCAACAACGGCGGCUACAGAAACAACAACGAGGGUGGUUUCUACGGUGGCAACAGAGGGUUUGGCUACGGUCGUGGCAACGAUAGACGUGGAGGAUAUGGCGGCGGCUACGGUGGCGGUUACGGCGGCCAGAGAGGAAGAAACGCUGGCCAGGGUAAGUUUGUUGAUGGGAAGCACGUUCCAGCUCCAAGAAACGAGGCCCUGGAGAAGACGUUGUUUGGUGAGGCGGACGAUCCAAGCUUCCAGUCCUCUGGUAUCAACUUUGACAACUACGACGACAUCCCGGUCGAGGCCACCGGUGAUGACGUUCCCGAGCCAAUCACCUCCUUCACCUCUCCACCUUUGGAGGAGCUGCUCUUCGAGAACGUCAAGCUCGCCCGUUUCACAAAGCCAACCCCGGUACAGAAGUAUUCCAUCCCUAUCGUUGCUGCCGGUCGUGAUUUGAUGGCCUGUGCCCAGACUGGUUCCGGUAAGACUGGUGGUUUCUUGUUCCCAAUCUUGUCCGAGUCAUUCUCCAACGGUCCAUCUCCAGUUCCACCAGCAACCACGCAAUUCUCCAGAAGAAAAGCCUACCCAACUGCCUUGGUUUUGGCUCCAACGAGAGAGUUGGUCUCGCAAAUCUUCGAAGAGGCCAAGAAGUUCACAUACAGAUCCUGGGUUAGACCUUGUGUGGUUUACGGAGGUGCUGAUAUUGGAAGUCAGCUCAGAGAGAUUGAGCGUGGCUGUGACUUGUUGGUGGCUACUCCAGGUCGUUUGAACGACUUGUUGGAGAGAGGUCGUAUCUCUUUGCAAAACAUCAAAUAUUUGGUUUUGGAUGAGGCUGAUAGAAUGUUGGAUAUGGGUUUCGAACCACAGAUCAGACACAUUGUUCAGGAAUGUGACAUGCCAGAUGUUCAAGAUCGUCAGACUCUCAUGUUUUCUGCUACAUUCCCAACCGACAUUCAAAUGUUGGCCCGUGAUUUCUUGAAGGACUACAUCUUCUUGUCCGUUGGUAAGGUUGGUUCCACUUCUGAGAAUAUUACUCAAAGAAUCUUGUACGUUGAAGAGGAUGAGAAGAAGUCCGUUCUUUUGGAUAUCUUGACUGCAGAGGAGAAGGGAUUGACCUUGAUUUUCGUCGAGACCAAGAGAUUGGCUGAUGCAUUGUCCGACUUUUUGAUCAACCAGGGCUUCCCUGCUACAUCUAUCCACGGUGACCGUACUCAAUCUGAGCGUGAGCGUGCUUUGGAGUACUUCAGAACUGGUAAGGCCCCAAUCCUUGUUGCCACCGCCGUUGCUGCCCGUGGUUUGGAUAUUCCAAAUGUUACCCAUGUCAUCAACUAUGAUUUGCCAUCAGACAUUGACGACUACGUCCACAGAGUUGGUCGUACUGGUCGUGCUGGUAACACUGGUGUUGCAACUGCUUUCUUCAACAGGGGUAACAAGAAUGUUGUCAAGGACCUUGUUGAGAUUUUGACCGAAGCUAACCAGGAAGUUCCAUCUUUCCUUACUACAAUCUCACGUGAGUUCAACUCUGGCCGUGGUGGUCGUGGUGGCCGUGGUGGCCGUAAUAACAGCACCAGAGAUUUCCGUCGUCAACCUGGUUACAACGCCAACUCCGGCUCAUCUUUCGGAUCUGGAUACGGUAACUCUCGUUCUUACGGUAACUCUGGCUAUGGUAACGGUGGUUUCCAAUCCUCUGGUCAAUCUUAUGGUAACAGAUCCUCCAACACUGACUCCUGG